ACACUAUUGGUCCAGCAGCAUAACGCCAUGGGGGGCGGAUUCUCAUUGCGUGAUAGCAGCUUAAUCCGAGAGCUCAACAUUUUAUAAUAUGUACAGUUUAAGCUUUUAUCCAUGGAAUUACGCUGGGUGAGACAAUAAACGCGAACAUGAAACGAAAUGACAACAUCUGUUGGAAAUGGAGGAGUCGUCUGAUCCUCAGGAGCAUGAGAUCAAUUUUGUUUUGCAAAAUCUGUAUGACUUCAGUUUAAUCUGUAACAGUUUAAUCUGUAAGAAACUCCAUAAAGGGAUCCUUUUCCAAAGACUGGCAUUGUAUCACUCUGCAAAACUACACAUCGAAUCAGUGUUUCCUGUGGGAAAGAUUUUGUGUUCUUACCCUUCACAAAGUCUGUCACAGUGCCCCCUGCUGGGGCCAUGCCCCACCUGCUGAACAAUGACACUUCCUUCAGCUCCAAGCAAGAGCUUCUGGUCAUAUGUGACAGUCCACUGGGACCCAGCCUGGACACAUCCAGUCCAGUGGAGUCUCAGGGCUCUGGUCCAAGCAGCCUACCUGGAGAUGCCCCCACUGUUCUCCACCAGACUCACAAACUGGGGCUUGACCACACUGAGCCACCCACUGGAGUGAAGUUUGUCUCUACGGACUCUGAGAAUCUUUGUGGAUGGGGAGCACUGACCCCAAAGUGUAUCCAGACCUUCAACACCCCGCGCUGGUUUCUCUUCUUCCUCUGUGUGGCCUCCUUCCUCCAAGGCAUGAUCAUCAACGGCUUUAUCAACACCGUCAUCACUUCCAUUGAGAGACGUUUUGACCUGCGCAGCUACCAGGCAGGACUCAUCGCGAGCUCCUAUGACAUUGCUGCCUGUGUGUGCCUGACAUUCGUGAGCUACUUUGGUGGUACUGGUCAUAAGCCUCGAUGGCUGGGCUGGGGUGUGCUCAUCAUGGCGCUGGGCUCUCUGGUCUUUGCCCUGCCCCAUUUCACUACACCACCCUAUCAGGUGAGAGUACCAGAGCGCAUGGGACUGUGCUCGGCCAAUCACACCGAGACGUGUAUCAGCGAGGAAGGUGGGUUCUCGGCUUACCGCUUCGUCUUUAUGCUGGGACAGUUUCUGCAUGGGAUCGGGGCAACCCCUUUGUACACCCUCGGGGUCACCUACCUAGAUGAGAAUGUCAAGUCAAACUACGCACCUGUAUAUAUAGGAAUCUUCUACACAGCUGCCAUUGUAGGACCUGCAGCUGGAUACUUGCUGGGUGGAUUCUUUCUCAACAUCUACACAGAAAUCGACCAAACGACAGAGCUGACUCCUGAAAACCCACUGUGGGUGGGAGCUUGGUGGAUUGGUUUCCUGGCAGGAGGAGCGGCAGCUCUGAUUAUUGCUCUGCCUAUACUGGGUUACCCACGGCAGCUACCAGGCUCUCAGCGGUAUGUGGCCAUGCGGGUCUCAGAGGCCCACCAGCUGAAGGAUGGCAGUCAGGUCACUGCAUCUGAUCCUCAGUUUGGCAAAACAGUAAAGGACAUGCCCAGGUCAGUGCUGCUGCUUUUGAAGAACCCUACCUUCAUCUUUCUGUGUCUCGCUGGGGCCACGGAGGCCACACUCAUAGCCGGGAUGUCCACGUUUGGCCCCAAAUUUCUGGAGUCUCAGUUUAGUCUGAGUGCUUCAGAAGCAGCAACCUGGUUCGGGUAUAUGGUGGUACCAGCUGGUGGAGGAGGUACCUUCUUGGGUGGCUUCAUUGUAAAUAAGCUGAAGCUUCGCUGCCGUGGGAUCAUCCGUUUCUGCAUGCUGUGUGCGGUGGUCAGUCUGAUGGCUAUCUUCAUCUUUUUGGUACACUGUCCUAAUGUGCCCAUGGCGGGAGUAACCGCCCCAUACUACAACAACAAUACACACGACCACUACAGUGCCCCCUACCAGCAGACAGAGAUCCAUAACAACAGCUUCUCAGAUCUGGGCAACCUGACCGUAAGCUGUAACAUUGGCUGUCACUGUGUUGAGGAGUUGUUUAACCCCGUGUGUGGUGCGGAUGGAGUGAUGUAUUUCUCUCCCUGCCAUGCCGGCUGUAGCUCCCUCAGCCACACGGACAGCCCCAGAGGCAGACAGGUGUUCUCCGACUGCAGCUGUGUGGUAGGGAAUAUAUCAUGGGGAGAACAAGGUUUUGCUGAAGAAGGGAGGUGCGUGUCGUCCUGCAAUCACAUGCCAGCCUUCCUCUCCUUCCUCUUCGUCAUCAUCAUCUUCACUUUCCUCUGCAGCAUCCCCGCACUUACUGCCACACUCAGGUGUGUUCCUGACAGUCAGAGAUCGUUUGGACUUGGAAUCCAGUGGAUCGUAGUAAGGACUCUCGGUGGGAUCCCAGGCCCUAUAGCGUUCGGCUCUGUGAUUGACAUCUCCUGUCUGCUGUGGGAGGAGCAGUGUGGGGAAUACGGCUCCUGUUACCUGUACCACAACUCAGCCAUGAGCCAGUACUCACUCAUCGCAGGCAUUAUCUACAAGGUUUUAGGCACUAUUUUCUUUUUGCUGGCUGCCAUGCUCUACAAGCCGCCUCCCGAGUCUCCUCAGAGCAGCUGUGAGAGCAGAGACCUGCCAAUCAAAGACCUCCCCGCUGAGAUCAUCUCCAACCCACACACCAAAUUCUGACUCUAUCUACAAAAACACCUUAAAGUGUGCAUGUAUGCGCGCGCGCGCGUGUGUGUGUGUGUCUGCGUGUGUGUGUGUGUACCGUAUAAGGUCAACAACUUCACUGCUCACUGUGCCUCAUCCCGCCAACUGUACAUUGUUCCCAUUUGUGAUAUGUUCUCAUUGGACCACCAAUUUGAAGUGACACAGAUAUAAGAACUGAAAGAAUUUGUCACAAUAAAUUAAAUCAUAGCAUUUAUAUUACAUAAACAGAAAUGACCAAAAGCCAGCAUAAUCUUAAUUUGACAAUAGAUAAUUUUUUGGGAAUAAACUGAAAUUUUUGUAGUUUAAAUGUCAAAUUUGAGCAUUUUUGUAAGGAAAAAGCCAUAGAUGAUACAGAAAUAGAGCACUUAAUAUAAAUGAAAUGGAAAGAGUAAUAUAUAGUAAACUGUGCCGAUGUACAGAACAAAGUGUUAAACUGUUAUAAAAUAUACAAAUAUAACUGCUGCUCAGUUAUAAAUAAAAAAAUUAGACAAUUAAUUGCAAAUUGUGCCUUAAGAGUUUUGCAUAAGCCAGCACAGUUAGAAAGAAUUAUUACAGAAAAAGACAAUGUCCAUUGAAAUGUUCAACCCAUGUGAUCAUGUUCAAAAUGCACUUUAAACUCACUUCACUGAUUAAAAUAUACAUCUGAACCAUAUACUGUAGUGAACUACUAUAUGUGCCAUUUAAACCAAGUUUUGUACUGCAAUGCAACUUAACACCGUUCUAAUCCACGGUAACACUUUAGAAUAAUGGUCCAUUAGUUAAUAUUAAUUAACAAACAAUGAACAAUACAUUUAUUAAUGUAUUUAUUAAUCUUUGUUAAUGAAAAUGCAGUUAUUCAUUGUUAGUUCUUGCUAAUUCACAGUGCAUUAACUAAUGUUAACAAGCACAACUUUUGAUUUGAGUAAUGCAUUAGAAAAUGUUGAAAUUAACAUCAACUAAAUUUAAUAAAUGCUGUAGAAGGAUUGUUCUUGCUUAGAUCGUGUAAACUAAUGUACCAUUAUUCUAAAGUGUUACCUAAUCCACAUUUUGAUGCCAUGUAAAGCAAGUAUGACUUGUGAUUCUUGUAUUUGAUUUUCAUCAGUUCUGAAUAUUUGUAACAUUUAUAAAUGUGCUAAAACACUCAGGACUGAGCAGGACAGCGAGGCUUCAAGGUGUGAUGAAAAGGAAGUAGGUUUUCAAAAUGAACUUUUUGCAGCUGUAUACCAGGUUGAAAAAUAAUACCCAUGAUGGGAUAUUCCUGAAAAGCACUUCACUUUGAGAUUACAUAGAAAUUUAUUCUUGCACUCAUUUUCAGCUACAGGAAAUUCAGAAUGGCGUAUUGUAAAACAUAAAAGGACACUUUCUCGGUCGCUCAUAAAAUAAGAAUACAGCAUUUUUUCUUUUUUCUUUUUUUUUAAGCAUACAGUAAAAUAUGCCAAGCUGCUUAAAUCCAAAUAUAAGAAGAAUAAUAAAUAUCUGCCACAUAAACCUACUUUACUUAUAUUGAGUGCAACUAAAAGCAUUUGGCCAAUGAUACUUUAUGUAGAGGUUUUUAUUUAUUAUUAAAUGCAUUUGUUUCAGAAAUCUUAUUAUUAUUAUUAUUAUUAUUAUUAUGUUUUUCUUUCUCUGAUGUGAUGGACUUUGAUGGAUUACAUCAACUUUCUGAUGGCAAACCCUAAAUGACGAUUCACUCGGAAAUUGAAGAUUUGCAAAUGAAACUGAACAUGCAACAUCAAAGAGUAACAUGAUGUUUGUAUUUGACUGUGUUUGUUCAUGUGUAUUUUUUACUCCAAUGACUAAGAUAAAUGUGUCUUGUGCCACAAAAAGAGUUUGUGAGUUGGCCUGUUAUUGUCUUUAUUGAUAUUUGUUUGUGUUUCUAAUCACUUGUAAUAUAAUCAAUUUUGGAA